AUCACUUUCUCUGCACGUGAAAACAGAAAAAUCUCCAAGAAAAUUGGGUACUAUCAUCGCUGUCUCUGUGUGUCAGGGUUUCAACAAUGGUGUACACGAUGAUGAAGAUCUUGUCAUUGGGAAUGCUAUAUAAUCUAAUGUUUUGCUGUCUGUGUAUUAAGGCUUCAAUCCAUGAAUACAAUGGAGAAGGAUUUAUGAGCAAAGGAAAUGCUUUUGUUUUCCUUGGUGGAAGUGAAGGGCUAUACUCUUCAUCUGCAACCACCGCUAAUGCUUCUGAAAAGAACGGUGAUUCUUAUAUCAGAUUUGAGAAGAUAACAUUUAGAAGGCGAGCUGAAGAGGCUAAGUCGAGUUCUAGAUUGAUACAAGCUAUAGUUUUUGAAGUAGAAGAUAGAGAUUUGAUUGGAGGUUCAGCAUAUGGUGGGCAAAGAGAUGUUUGUUGCACAUCUGAUCUUGAAAAACUAGGUGUCUGCAAAGAAGGAGAUGUUAUUGUUCGCAAAUCUAAGAAGAAUCCUUACUGGCCUCAAGUUUUUGGUGUUUCUUUUCAAGGGAAUGAGCUUGUUGCGGAGCUAGGACCGAAAGAUAUCAGAAUUACGCAGUCCGGGAUGUAUAACUUGUACUUCAUUCAUUGUGAUGUGAAGCUUAAGGGGUUGGUGGUAGAAGGGAAAACGAUAUGGAAAAAUCCGACUGGAUUUCUUCCGGGAAGGAUGGCACCGCUUAUGAACUUCUACGGUUUCAUGUGCAUUGCUUUUCUGGUACUUGGACUCUUCUGGUUCUCCCAAUAUGCAAGAUUUUGGUCUGAAGUUCUGCAACUGCAGAACUGCAUUAGCAUGGUGAUUGGAUUGGGUAUGUUAGAAACUGCGUCGUGGUACUUGGAAUACGCCGUGUUUAAUAAAAUUGGAAUCAGACCACUGGGGUUUACUUUAUGUGCAGUGACACUGGGUACUAUUAAACGAACGAUUGCACGUCUGGUGGUUCUGAUUGUCUCAAUGGGCUAUGGUGUUGUGAGACCUACUUUAGGUGGUCUUACUGUGAAGGUGAUGAUGUUAGGUGGAACUUUUUUCCUGGCAACUGAAGUACUUGAAUUGGUAGAAAAUGUCGGUACCGUUAAUGAUCUAUCGGGAAAGGCAAGAUUGUUAUUAGUUCUUCCUGUGGCAAUCUUGGAUGCUUUCUUCAUUGUUUGGAUAUUUACCUCUCUUUCCACGACACUUAAUAAGCUGCAGGCAAAACGCAUGACCGCAAAGUUAGACAUUUAUAGAAAAUUUACAAACUCACUGGCUGUUGCUGUUAUUGUAUCUGUGGCUUGGAUUUGUUACGAGCUUUACUUCAAAUCGAAUGACAUUUACAACGAGCAGUGGCGGAGUGCAUGGAUCAUCCCUGCUUUCUGGCAUGUCCUAUCAUUUUCACUUCUUUGUGUCAUCUGUGCUCUCUGGGCUCCCUCUCAGAACUCAAUGCGGUAUGCCUACUCUGACGAGGGGGCUGAAGAGUUCGAUGAUGAGGAUGCAUUGACGCUGAUAAAGCCACCACAAUCAGCUUCAAAAGGGGCUUACGACGCGGAAGAGGAAGAAGAUAUGGAUCUGGAGAUAUCAAAUGGGGACCUAGAAGAGGACAAGAGAGAGUAAGGGUAUACGGAUAUUUUUACCUGGAACUCCUAAACUAAUUAACAUUUACAUGAAUAUUAUUAUAAGACUGAAAAAGAAUUUUAUUUACAGAACAUGAACCGACUUUGUAAGUCAGUAGAGUGGGUGAAAUGAUGUCUUAUUUUCUAAUUACUCACUUUACAAUCCAACUAAUUAAUCACACGUUCGUAGUGACAAAGCAAUAUUGGCUACCAUAA